CCCGCUACAAUUUCUGCGCGACUUAAUUCUUCUUCGAUUUCCUGUGAUAAAUAUUCCACCCCUAUUUCAUCCAUCAGCUGCUACGCUCCCAUUUCGGCAUAUCGUCAAGUCAUCAGCUGGUGGGUGUUUGUUUGUUUCUGACAAGAUUUUAACUUGAUUGCAUGCGAAUUUUCAAACAUCUCAAAGUGGCCAUGAAGUACAUUGAUAUUGGUGCUAACCUUACGGAUCCAAUGUUCCGAGGAGUCUACGGUGGAAAGCAGAAGCACACAGAUGAUUUGGAUUUAAUAUUGCGGCGUGCUUGGAAGCAAGGCGUGGAAAAGAUGAUCAUUACAGUGGGCACUCUGAACGAAUCAGAUGAAGCACUGAAUUUGGCUAAAAAUGAUGAUCGACUGACCAUUACGAUGGGCUGUCAUCCGACGCGUUGUGGUGAAUUCUUACCAGAUCCGCAACAAUAUUAUGAAGGCUUACGCAGGAAAAUACGUGAAAAUCCAGACAAAAUUGUGGCAGUCGGUGAAUGUGGCCUAGACUAUGAUAGACUGCAUUUCUGUGAGAAAGAUAUACAGAAAGAGUAUUUUGAAAGACAACUCAGUUUGGCAUCUGAAUUUCAUUUGCCACUCUUCCUUCAUUGCCGUAAUGCACAUGCAGAUUUCAUGGAAAUACUCGAGAGAAACCGUGAAAAACUAUUAGACUGUGGCGGUGGAGUUGUUCAUAGCUUCGAUGGCACUUUGGAAGAAGCAGAAAGAGUGAUAGCCUACGGUGGUCUCUAUAUUGGCUUGAAUGGUUGUUCAUUAAAAACGGCAGAAAAUUUAGAAGUUGUUAAAAGAUUGCCCAAUGAAUGCAUUAUGUUGGAGACAGAUUGCCCUUGGUGUGGUAUAAGGCCAUCGCAUGCGGGUGCCAAAUUUGUGCAAACGAAAUUCCCGGCAGUGAAGAAAAAGGAGAAAUGGACCGCGGAAUCAUUAGUGGAUGGACGUUGUGAGCCAUGUCAAAUUAGUCAAGUGCUUGAAGUUAUCGCUGGGGUUAAGGAAGAGGAUGCCUCCACAUUGGCUCAGUUAUAUUAUGACAAUACGAUGAAGUUGUUUUUUAGUAAAACUAAUAAAUGAGCAUUUAUUCAUUCUCAAUUUAAAAUAAAAGCAUUUCGAUAAUACGAGUACAGACUCUUAA